CAAUGUGUAAGCUUGACCCCCGCCACUGGUUCAGGUCAUAAAAGAAUCAGCCUCAGUGGACAGCUAGCAGUCUGUAACGCAAAAAAUAUUUGGCAGUCAUGGGAACAAAAGUGACACCGCUAUGUCUCUGCAUACUGACAGCAUUGCUUGCCAGCACUGUUGUACUACAAAAUGUACAGGAAAAUUGUACCACAGACAUGUUUCACCAGGCCAGAGUUGCAGCCGAGUCCUGUGACCGUUAUCUCUUGUCCAAAUGGAGUGCAGAGGAUAGAGCACAACUUCUGCACUCCAUGGCAAUGCUGACUACAAUGCUCAACCAGUCCAGUCAUCCAGUUGACGGUUGUCAUUUGUCUAACGGGUCUCCAUCAGUAAAGGUGCACAGCAAUGGAGGAGUAGUAUGUGUUGACAUCGAGGAGAAAGUCUACUGCAAGCCGAUGUGCAACCAUGGUUAUGAUUUCAGUUUCCUCCGGAGGGGACGGCCGUAUGAAGUGUGCUCCGCGGGGAAAUGGACGACCCAGUUCAUCGGAGGAAACAUACUUGCCGUUUGCCAUCUGUCAACUACUCAGAUUUCUGCCAAACCGUCAUCAUAUUUUAAGGGCCAGAAUUGCCUGAAAACAAAAGACUUGGGUCCGGAAGAAGUCAUCCAGGAGUUUAUCACCGAGCUGAGAGCACAACAGAUAACUGGAGCUGUCACGAAUAGUACCCUCAAGUGUAACUAACAUAAAUCAGGAACUGAUUUAGAUGCAACAUCUAAAUCAGGAACUGAUUUAGAUGUUGCAGAAAGAUUUCAGUUAAUAAUUAAGAUGGAAUGGGUGGCUCACCAUUACUCUGAGCAAGUAAAAUUAAGGCCUAGUCGUGAUCGCAGCGACCCUUGUUUGAUUCCUGACCGUGGUCCUUUGCUCCAUGUCCUCCCCUCUCUCUCCCAUACCUUCCGGUCUAUCUCACUCUAUAAUAAAGUAUAAAUGCAAAAAUGAAUCUUUAAUAAAAAAAACAUUCAUUAAGA